UCCGGCUGCAUAAAAGCAGUUGGCAUUGCCAUCAGCGAUCUUUCCAGUCGCAUGCUGAAGUUGGGAACGGAUCAUGUCUAGCGAGUCUGCUGAUUACAACAGUUCAAAAGACCAUGGGGGGCCAGAUGGAAUGGAGCCUGAUGGUGUCAUCGAGAGCAACUGGACCGAGAUUACGGACAACUUUGAUGAUAUGAACCUGAAGGAGACUCUUCUCAGGGGAAUAUAUGCAUAUGGUUUUGAAAAACCAUCUGCCAUUCAACAAAGGGCCAUCAUACCUUGCAUCAAAGGCUAUGAUGUCAUUGCCCAGGCCCAGUCGGGCACUGGCAAGACGGCCACGUUUGCCAUCUCUAUCUUGCAGCAGCUGGACAUAGAGCUGAAGGAGACUCAGGCUCUGGUGCUGGCUCCCACCAGAGAGCUGGCUCAGCAGAUCCAGAAGGUCAUUCUGGCUCUGGGGGACUACAUGGGGUCAGCCUGCCACGCGUGCAUCGGAGGGACGGAUCUCCGUAGUGAAAUACAGAAGCUCCAGGCUGAGGCCCCUCACAUUGUGGUCGGCACACCAGGACGCGUGUUUGACAUGCUCAACAGGGGACAUUUGUCUGCAAAAUGCAUCAAGAUGUUUGUCCUGGACGAAGCUGACGAGAUGUUGAGCCGGGGUUUCAAAGACCAAAUCUACGAGAUCUUCCAGAAGCAGAGCACCAACAUUCAAGUGGUGCUGCUCUCUGCCACCAUGCCAGCAGAGGUGUUGGAGGUGACCAAGAAGUUCAUGCGAGAGCCCAUUCGUAUCUUGGUGAAGAAAGAAGAGCUUACCCUUGAGGGUAUCAAGCAAUUCUACAUAAAUGUGGAGCGAGAGGAGUGGAAGCUGGACACCCUGUGUGAUCUGUAUGAGACGCUGACGAUCACCCAGGCUGUCAUCUUCCUCAACACCAGGAGGAAAGUGGACUGGUUGACCGAGAAGAUGCACGCUAGAGACUUCACCGUCUCUGCUCUGCACGGUGAUAUGGACCAGAAGGAGCGUGAUGUGAUUAUGAGGGAGUUCAGGUCGGGCUCAAGCAGAGUGUUGAUCACCACUGAUCUUCUGGCUCGUGGGAUUGAUGUCCAGCAGGUUUCCUUGGUCAUUAACUACGACCUUCCUACAAACCGAGAGAACUACAUUCAUAGAAUUGGCCGUGGCGGCCGUUUUGGCAGAAAAGGAGUUGCUAUCAACUUCGUCACUGAGGAAGACAAGCGGAUUCUUCGGGACAUCGAGACGUUUUACAACACUACCGUGGAGGAGAUGCCCAUGAAUGUGGCCGACCUGAUUUGAGCCGUGAGGUUAUUUUAUAACUCGGUGAUGGCGAUCGUCCACUUGCAUUGUGCUUAUUAUAUUCGAGGGGGAAAAAAACAAACUUUUCAAUGCUAAACCUUGGAUCUGAGUUUAGGUGUGUGUUUAAAAGCGAGGUGACUUCUACGGUGGUCCUGCUCGGACAGUUGUAGAUUCUAACCUCGACAGGUGGCUGUUUGGCGCUACAAAGUCAUGGGGUCUGAAAAUGUUAAGGUUCUUAUCAGGUAUUACUUUCCAUGUUCAAUCAAGAUGUGUGUAUUGGAUGUUCUCCACCAUUUAGUAACUUACUUGUGGACUAAAAGGUAUAAGUGCUGUAUAAAGUCUGCAAAUUAUGCUAUACUAACCUGUGUAUUGUGGGCUGCUUAAUAGAGGCACUCAUUAUGUUUUACUGUCGCUUCACUUGCUCUUUUAUUAUCUUUUGUGAAUGUUAAUUUAAAUGUACUUUUGUUUUUUAAUCCCACUUGCUCUUUAUGAAUUCAUAACCAGUUAACUGCGUUUUGCUGAUGUGAUUUUACCCUUACGAGAGUAUAUUGCUAAUCCCCCCCCCCCCCUAGCUACUUUUGGGAUUUCCUAUUGUAGGUCUUAAUAAACUGAAAUUGCUGUGGAUACACUUGCUUUGUUCACUGAACUGUGUAAUGUGAGAUGGAAUUGCUUAUUUUUCAGUAAACACAAAUGUUGCACCAUC